CUUGGGGCAUCGCAAUGUUGAUCUUACUAGUGGUUGUUCUCGUAUUAGGAACAUCGGUUUCACUGAGGCACACUUAUACCAUGAAGCGACAAGCUAGACGCGAGAGAGCACGUCUCGAGAGGGAAGAAGGUAUCGAGAGACUUCGAUUACUUCGACGAAGGAAUAUGGAGCUGGAAGCAGCAGCGAGUGAGUUGGCAGCGUCGGAGCCUCGAAUUCAUCCCCUGGAAUUAAUAAACCCGCCCCCUUACGAGGAAGCAGUACAAAUGCCGCGAAUGGCUCAAUCCCUGGACGCUUUGGAUACGAUAACGGUGGAUCCGUUAUCGCGUCAGAUAAUCGGAUCAUUCGACAGUCUCAGGGGCCGAAAGAGGCGUCCAAGAAGAACGCGUAAUCGUGCGAGGAGCGAGGAGAACCUUUCGAAACGCGAAGAGAGAUUUCAGAGCCGAAGAAUACGUUCGACGUCGAGGAGGAAUUAUUCGCCGAGUGUAAUGUCAGUGGCGUCAGCGACGGGUUCCCAGUUGCGCGGAUCCCCGGCUCAAACAAACGCCGAUAAAAACAAGGCGUCAACGGUCGUAAAAGGAGACACAGAAUCCGAAGAACGUUCGGGCGACUCGAAGAGAAGGCCAAGGCCUCAGACGCCAAACGCAAAGAGAAAAAGACGCCGAGAAAUCUCGAAAAACGGUCACUCAACAGACGACGAAGAUUCUGACGCAAAUAACCUCAGAACGGGGAAAAGUGAUGACAGAGACACGAGCAUCGUGAUUCAUGAGCUUCCUCGCGAGCCCAGAAGUGCCUACAGGCCGACUACUCAACCCCACAUUGUUUGAUGUGAACAGAGAAAGGUCGAAGUUUCCUCUUCGUUACAAUUG